GAAAGUACUUAUCAUUAUCAACACUUAAAUCAUAAACAGCAAAGAUAUAAGAAUAAAAAAUGAAUAAAUAUCUGUUUGGGGUUGAGGUGUUGGUGUCGACGGUUGGUGUGAGGAGUAAUAGCAGCCGGCACGUGGUAUCGCCGCUGCACGCCGCGGGCCGGUCUGGUGGAGCGCCGUGCGACGGCACCGCCCGCCGUGGAUUCGUUGUAUGAAAGUGUCGAGCAGCAGCGGCAGAGUUUGUGGAGGAGGAGGCGGAGGCGGUGUUUGCGGCAACGGUGGCGAAGACGGCAACAACGCUGGAAGCCGCGGUGACAGCGGCGGUGGCGGUGGCGGCGGUGCGCCCAACAACAAUAACAAUAACAACAACAACAACAACAACAACGACAACGACAACAACAGCACCAGCACCAGCAGCAGCAGCAGCAGCACUAGCACUAGCACCAGCGCCAGCACCAGCAGCCCUCCGUGCAGUGAGGGCGGCGGCGACGGCGACGGUGGUCGUGGUAGCGGCCUGGUAGCUGGCGUGCUGGUCAGCGACCAGGGCGAAGUGAUCAGCGACCGGUAUGUGGGCGUGGCGAGGCAGUUUGCGUCGCGUCAAGCGUCCGAGCGUGGCUCGAACAAGGCCGACCAAAGCGACGGUAGUGACGACGAGACCACGCUCAGGCAAAUGCUUGUGAGCUCAUACAUGGUGGAUGGUUUGCGCAGCUUGCAACACCAGGUGACGGACAUGAGCGCCAACCUGACGACACGGCUGGACGAGCUGCAGUCGCGUGGCGUGUCACCGAGCCCGGCCGUCGCCUACUAUGGCACCGAACACCGUGGCCACGUGGAGACCAGUGUCGCGUUGUCCGAGAUCCGGACACAGCUGCACGAGCUCACCAGGUCGCUGGAGUCGUGCCAAUCGGAGGUGACCGAGGUGAAGCGCGACAUGGUGGCCAUCAAGAACGAACUGGACACGGUGCAACAGGUCAAGGAGGAGAUCGAGGAGCUCAGGGAGUACGUGGACCGUCUGGAGCUGCAGUCGCACCGCAGGAAGCUCAGGCUGCUCGAACAGGGGCUUACGUUCUUUUUAUCCUACACAAUCUUGGCGUCGAUGUUAGGCAUGCUUCAGUUCGGUUACAAUACCGGAGUGAUAAAUGCACCUGAAGGGAACAUAGAGAAGUUCAUCAAAGAUGUAUUUGAAGAUCGGUAUAAAAGAAGUAUGGACCACGCACAAGCUGAGUUACUCUACUCGUUUGCUGUAUCCAUUUUCGCCAUCGGUGGCAUGUUAGGUGGCUUCAGUGGCGGCAUCAUUGCCAACCGUUUUGGCAGAAAAGGAGGUUUACUGCUUAAUAGUUUUGUUGGCAUUGGUGGCGCUUGUUUAAUGGGUCUCACCAAGUACUUCAAUUCCUAUGAAGUGCUAUUUAUUGGCCGAUUCAUUAUAGGAGUCAAUUGUGGUUUGAAUACAUCACUAGUGCCAAUGUAUAUAUCAGAAAUAGCGCCGCUCAACCUACGAGGUGGCCUCGGCACUGUCAAUCAGUUAGCCGUAACCGCUGGACUGCUCAUAUCCCAGAUAUUGGGAGUAGAACAAAUUUUGGGUACAGACGAAGGCUGGCCUUUAUUAUUAGGAUUAGCUAUAUGCCCUGCCAUUUUACAAUUAAUUUUACUACCUGUAUGUCCUGAAUCGCCAAGGUAUCUAUUGAUAACCAAACAAUGGGAAGAAGAAGCAAGAAAAGCUCUGCGGAGGUUACGUGCAACUAAUCAGAUCGAAGAAGACAUUGAAGAAAUGCGUGCUGAAGAACGUGCUCAACAGUCGGAAGCUACGAUAUCCAUGAUGGAAUUAGUAUGCUCGCCCACUCUAAGACAACCACUUAUCAUUAGUGUAGUCAUGCAGUUGUCGCAACAGUUGUCUGGCAUAAAUGCCGUAUUUUACUAUUCAACUAGUCUGUUCAUAACUGCUGGUUUGGCUGAGAAUGUAGCUAAAUUUGUAACAAUAGGGAUUGGUAUAAUUAUGGUGAAUAUGACGCUAGUGACCAUGCCAUUGAUGGAUAAAACUGGUCGAAGAACAUUACAUUUAUACGGUCUGGGUGGAAUGUUUAUAUUCUCGAUAUUCAUUACGAUAUCAUUGUUAAUCACGGAGUUUUUCGGUUUUGUGCAGGAAAUGAUCGACUGGAUGUCGUACUUGGCCGUUGUAUCCAUACUUGGUUUUGUCGUAUUCUUCGCCGUUGGUCCAGGCUCAAUACCUUGGAUGAUUACUGCGGAGCUCUUCAGCCAGGGUCCUCGGCCUGCGGCUAUGUCCAUCGCCGUGCUCAUAAAUUGGGUGGCCAACUUCGCCGUCGGCAUAGGCUUCCAACCUCUAAAGACUGCAUUGGAUAAUUAUACAUUCCUACCGUUCAGCGUAUUGCUGGCAAUAUUCUGGAUAUUCACUUAUAAAAAAGUGCCAGAGACCAAAAACAAAACGUUCGAAGAGAUACUAGCUCUAUUUCGGCAAAACGGCAGAGGAAGCGUCUUGGAAUCAAGUCGCUUAUACGGGAGUAUGUUAAACUAUUCAAACGCGUUAGACGAGCAUUUACCGCCCUCCGAAAGGGCAUCAUUAAUGGUGGCUGAGGAGAAACCUUUGCCAGACUCAUCACCAGUACAACACUCUCCGACGGACCCGGAGGUGUGUGCUGUAUGCGUCAACACUGGCAGUUCCCUCAUGAUGACGUCUCCGAACGUAACUCGCCGAUCGAGUCACACGCUCAGUAACCACGUUUGCCAAAUGGACUAA